GUUCUUGUUGUUUAUUUUAUGCACGCCUUUAUCAUAACUUAUCCGAAAAAUAACUUUUGCGACAUCGAAUUAGAUGUUAUAGGUAUCAUUCAAAUAUUUUAUUGCCAUUAAUAUGCGUUUAAUAGUUAGUUUAUUGAUAGCCAUGUUUUUAAAAAAAAUUGUGCUUGCUAAUGCAUUAGUUAACGAAAAUUGUGAAAAAUUGGAUUCUGAAAUACGCAUUACGAAAGAUGAAUAUAGCGAGACAGGAAAAUUAUUUAGAACAUGCAGUGAUGAAAUUCAAGUUUCAAAAUGUGAAGGUUAUUGUGACUCGCAAGUUCAACCCAGUAUAGUGACGUCGACUGGAUUUACUAAAGAAUGCUCUUGCUGUCGAGAAGAGUUUCUUGAAGAACGAACUGUAUAUCUAAAUAAUUGCUAUGAUUCCAACGGUAAACAAUUUUCUCUUCUUGAUAAUAGCAAUAUGGCUAUAAAAAUUCGAGAACCGACUAAUUGUAAAUGCAUUAAAUGUGGAUUUUUAUGAUCUAUUUUACUUAUAAAUUUAGAUGUACUAAUACAUUUAUAUGAAAAAAUAUUAUAAUUAAGUAAAUAAAAAAAAAUGUUGGGUAUAAA